GUUUGCUCAUCCUCAGCAUCAAAGUUUCAGAGCUUCUGCAGCAGUACCAUGUCUGUGUCUCGCCAAACUGUCUAUUCCACUGGAGGUACCAAAAGAUUCAGUGCUUCUUCUGCUGUACCAUCAGGGGGAACCCGAAGCAGCUUUAGCACUCUCUCUGUCUCUCGUGCUGGUGGUGGAGGUGGCCGUGCUAGCUAUGGUGGCUAUGGUGGCUUUGGGAGCAGAAGCCUUCAAAAUGCUGGUGGAUCUAGGAGAAUUGCUGUUAGUUAUGGGGCACCAUCCCAUUUUGGUUUCAAGAGUUCCGGCAUUGAGUCUCACAUUGGUGGCAACUAUGGUUCAGAUAUGAUGUCUGGAAUUGGCAUGGGUCAGGGUCCCUUCGGUGGUCCUGGAUUUCCAGUGUGUCCACCUGGCGGCAUCCAAGAAGUAACUGUUAACCAGACCCUGUUAGCACCCCUUAAUCUGGAAAUUGAUCCAUCUAUACAGAGAAUUAGAACAGAAGAGAGAGAACAAAUUAAAACCCUCAAUAACAAGUUUGCCUCUUUUAUUGACAAGGUUCGGUUCUUAGAGCAACAGAACAAAGUUCUGGAGACAAAAUGGAACCUCUUGCAAGAACAGGGGGUAAAAAGUGUGAAGUGUAAUAUUGACCCUCUGUUUGAAGCUUACAUUAGUGCCCUGAGAAGGCAACUGGAUAGCUUGUUAAGUGAAAAAGUUCGUUUGGAUUCAGACCUAAGGCAAAUGCAGGAUGCUGUAGAAGAUUACAAGAAGAAAUAUGAAGAUGAAAUCAACAAACGCACCUCUGUAGAGAAUGAGUUUGUGGUCCUGAAAAAGGAUGUGGAUGCUGCUUACAUGAACAAAGUGGAGCUGGAGGCGAAGUUGAAUGCUCUGACAGAUGAGAUCAACUUUUUACGAGCCGUCUAUGAAGCGGAGAUUGCCCAGAUGCAAACUCAAAUCUCAGAUACUUCAGUUGUCCUGUCCAUGGACAACAACAGGACCCUGGACCUGAAUGGUAUCAUUGCUGAGGUGAAGGCUCAAUAUGAGGAUAUCGCUAACAGAAGCCGGGCAGAGGCAGAGUCCUGGUACCAAACCAAAUAUGAAGAACUACAACAGUCAGCCGGGAGACACGGUGAUGAUCUCAGAAGUACCAAGACAGAAAUCUCCGAGCUAAACCGUAUGAUUAACAGGCUACGAUCUGAAAUUGACAGCGUGAAAAAACAGUGUGCCAAACUACAAGCUGCCAUUACUGAGGCUGAGGAACGUGGGGAACUUGCCCUGAAGGAUGCCAAGAAAAAGUUGGCAGACCUGGAGGAAGCUCUUCAGAAAUGCAAGCAGGAAAUGGCUCGGCAGCUCCGGGAAUACCAGGAACUCAUGAAUGUGAAACUGUCUCUAGAUGUUGAAAUUGCCACCUAUCGAAAACUGCUGGAAGGAGAAGAGUGCAGGUUGGCAGGAGAAGGCGUUGGACCUGUAAAUAUAUCUGUCGUGAGCUCUAGCUAUGGGGGCGGCAGUGGAAGUGGAAGUGGCUAUGGAAUGGGAGGCGGAAGCGGCUUCGGAGGCGGAAGUGGCUUCGGAGCUGGAAGUGGGUAUGCCAUUGGCGGAGGACAAAGCUUUGGAGGCGGAUCAGUUUCCGGGGGUAUGGGAGGAGCCAGCUUUUCUGUAAGCAGCGGGAAAAUGGCAGCCUUUGGCCCUGGAAGCGGGAGCAGUUCCAAUGUGAAAAUUAUAUCAAAAACCUCCACAAGCUCUAGAAAGCUUUAAUCUCACUUCCCAAACCAACACACAUGGCAGUAAUAAUGCCAGCUUCAUGUUCCAAACAUGCCUGUAACCCCACACAUGCCUAGGGAUAAAGCAUACCCGCUGUGUUAUAGGCACUUACAGUCAUGUCAUGCACAAGCCUUUGCAUUCUGGUAUUUCACUGCAUCCACAGAUUCCCUGUCUUAAAGAAUUUAGAUAACACUUUAAGGCAGUCCCCACAAACAAAACAUACACAGGAGAGAAAACAAUAUUGUUUAGAGAGCAGAUCUUUACAGAAAGUUUCAUGAUCUGGUUAUUAUUCUGGAAAUGCCCCAAUUUGCCACAGUUUUCAACUUAAUGCUUCUACCAAUACAUCCUUUCUUUCUGACGUUUUCUUAAUAAACUGCAAUCAUUCUAAAGCA